AUGUCUGAGCAGAAAAGACCUCACAUCGAACAAAAGCGCGCCACUGGACGGGCGAAAAGAUUAAGGACUGUACCUGCGGAUCCUGAGAGGCUUUUUCCAGAGCCUUACAAAAGAUACCCCCCUUCCGUUCCCCCUAUCACGGACCCCAAGAACGUGCCUGCGGGCUGGAAUGCAGAGGAUGACGAUAUAGAUGAAAGAGAUGUUGAAAAAUGGAUCCAGCGUUGUCACGACAGAAUUCAGGACGGCAUUAUGCCGCAGUGGUGGGAGAAAAAGCUGGAGGUGUACCAGGAAAUCAAGAAAACAAUUGAUUCGGUAAAGGAUUCCGAAAAGUCAGGCCUGAGUUUGGAAGCCGUUAUGCGUGUGAAGAAUCUCGAGCUCAUCGAGGAAUACCUCGAAGCCGAAGGGGACCCAUUUUCACAACUCGUCAAUAUCACUGCGCUCAUAAAAGGCUAUCGAGAUGGCACACUGACCUGGGAGGACGGAAGGGUCUCUUACUGGUCGAACGGAAAGUGCAUGCAUGGUCCCGUUGCCUUUGACAUGACCUUUGACGAUGCUAAAAAGUACAACCAGCUCUGUAAGGGGAAGUCAUUUUGGGUCGAAGGAAAUUCCCGACAGCUUGCUGAUUCAACAUUCAAGUUAAAUGGGCCUGGGGCAGUCCCCAUGCUUGCGUACAAUACCCCUGCAUGGAAAAGCAAAGGCCGUCCCAAAAGGAUGCUUCUUCAUCAUCACGAAAUUGAUUUCUACUUUCGAGUUCCUGGGGUAGGAAGUCAAAUUUCCAAUGUUGAUUACGGCCACCAAGCUACGCAUCGCAAGUUUAUGGAUGACACAGGGUCAUCUAUGCCAAUUGUAUUCCAGGACGACGUGGAGCGGAUCAUAUCCUAUGCAGGUGGAUCCAAGCCUCCUUUCUUGUGUUAUGUCCACUCAACGAAUGCGGAUCGGGGCACGUCAGUUAAUCCAACGUGUUUGAUUGAGUACAACAUCAGGUCGACACUUCCGAACCACGACUGGAUGCGACCUCCUAAUCACUGGGUCUCGGUACAGUCAAUCAUGAAGCCUCAUUAUUUCAACCCUGUAGUUGACUACAGACUGAGCGGCAUGUGGAUGCGGCGUAUUCUGUAUACUGCAACGGCCCCUGAUAAUCUAGGCCUGAUCUAUCUCGCCGAGAGUUUUGCCGCACUGAGAGACUCCCUGCCCCAAGCAGAUGUGCGAAAUGCAGUUCCGCAACCAGCUUACGGGCCAUCAGACCCGGAAACCGUCAACACAGCGCCAACAAUCUACGUUAGGAGGUUGAUGAACGUUCCACCAUAA